CAGGGUGGAGGGGUACAGACAGGCAACCUAGCGACGUGGAGCCGGGCGGGCACCAGGGAUCGCAAAGCCAGGCGCCCAGGCCCGUCGUGGGGGUAGCCCACGGAGGCUUCCCAGGGCAAGUGGGGAGGGACGCAGAUGCGUCCCAAAUGACAAGUGGGAGGCUGGGAAAAUGGGGGCAAGCGGCGCAGAAAGACCCCGCUCGUGUGGACCCUCGUGAGUGGAUGGAGCACGGAGAUGGGGCCGAGGCAGGUUCAGAGUGGAAGAGAAGAGAGUCAGGGAGAUCAGAGAUGCCGUGUGAGGGCUUCCUCCCUCCCCUGGGAAAGUGAGGGAUUCCGGAAGGAAGGGCUGAGAGCCGGGUCAAGUGCUGGCCAGAGGGCUGGUUGGAUAGAAACUGGGGCAGGCCCAGGGCGUUUAGCAACCUCUACAUUUAUCACCCAGGGGAGAUGGUUUCCUGGAGAUUCAAGUGCUUGUGUAGGCGAUCUUUUCUAGAAAAUCCACUGCUUAGUGAGGUGAAAGGAAUUUGAGAUGAGGGUGAAAAGCGUUUUAAAGCGUGUGUGUUUAGAGCACAGGCUCUGGGAUCAGGAGUCCCCACCGAAUAGCUAUAACCUUAAAUACCUUGCCUCAUUUCUCUCAUCUGUAAAAAGGAGAUGAUGAUGGUAGUAUCAUGGGAUUCGUGUGAAAAUUAGGUGAGAUGAUGUCUGUAAAAUUAACAGCACUAAAAAGUAGUGUCAAUUAUUUUCCUCUUUUAUUAUUAGAGCUACUUGGGCAUAUUUUGAUGCUGAUGGGAAGGGGCAGGUAGAGAGGAAGGGGUAGGGGAGAGAAAAGAGACCAGGACAAAAGGGACAGAGGAUGGGGGAUAAGCCUUGGGUUCCUCUUCUAUCCCAAAUCAGGGGGAGGAGGAAACAGGUGGGGAUGCGGGAAAGUUUACAGGUUUGGGGUGUACAGUUUAAGGGAGUGACCUUCUGAUGGGGUUGAAGUAGUCCUGGAGGUUUGCUGUAAGGGUGGAGUUCCCUAUUUAUACUACUGCCUCUUAGCUGGCAGCCCUGGUGGCAUGCCAGGAAAGGUGGGCAGUUGAAUUUAUCUAGGGUUAGAUGACAAUGUCUGACUUUCCCUGUCAAAGUUGAUAGAUGUGAAAACACUGUAUAAGCAUAACUUACCACUUUAAUCCUUUGCCCUGAUUUUGAGGCGCUGGAAGGGCUGUGGCCAUCACCUGAGUAAAAUGUGAAAGCCUUUGGAGCACUUCACAUGGGCUAUACAACAUGCCACACCUUCACCUACAAUCUCAUUAAGUCAUCACAGCAGCUGGAUGAAGUAGGUAUUACUGUCCGUUGUACAAAGCAGGAACCGAAAGGACCAUUGGGAAGGGAAGGAUCCCAUGUCCCAGGACCCACGGCUAGUAAAUGGCAGACCCAGGGCCCUAACUCAGAUCUGUCUGCCUUCAAAACAAUUUCAUGAUUUGAAACCACUGUGAAAGUUUACAAAGCUCCCAGUUGCAGUCCCGGGAUAAGCUGGCUGCUGUGAUCUCCAUCCCAUCUCAGGCUCUACCCGCUCCCCUGGGUCUCUCUUGUGUGGAUGGAAGAACACAGAGCUUGGACCUGCACAGCCCUGAUGGGGUAAUUGGGAUCCACUGUGAGGAAGUGACUUUCACCUGAGGUCACCUAGACUCUGCACAAGGCCUAGAACUUGAAUUUCCAGACCUGUUUUCAGGACCCUGGGGAUUUCUACCAGGAAGGCUCCACGAGGCUGGUCCCUGCCCUGGAAGAGCUCAGCCAGACCCUCUGGCCAGCCUGGGAUCCCAAGAUGGCCUCCAGCUCAGCCAGCAGCCCCCGCCCAGCCCCUGAUGAGAAUGAGUUUCCCUUUGGGUGUCCCCCUACCGUCUGCCAGGACCCAACAGAGCCCAAGGCUCUCUGCUGCACAGCUUGUCUCUCUGAGAACCUGAGGAACUGUGAAGAUCAGAUCUGCCCCAAAUGCAGAGGGGAUGACGUCCGCUCUGUAAGCCCAGGAAAACUUCUGACUCAGGAGAAGGUUCACCCUGAAACGAAUGAAGCUGGAGUCGGAUGCCCUUUUGCAGGUGUUGGCUGCACCUUCAAGGGUAACCCACAGUCCAUGCAAGAGCAUGAGGUCUCCUCCCAGGCCUCCCACCUAAAUCUGCUGCUGGGGUUCAUAAAACAGUGGAAGACCCAGCAGGGCUCUGGCCUCGGGCUCGCGCCCAUGGCCCUGGAGCAGAACCUGUCAGACCUGCAGCUGCAGGAGGACCUGGAGGUGGACUGCUACAGGGCACCCUGCUCAGAGAGCCAGGAGGAACUGGCCCUGCAGCACUUCAUGAGGGAGAAACUCCUGGCCGAGCUGGAGGGAAAGCUGAGCGUGUUUGAGAACAUUGUUGCUGUCCUCAAUAAGGAGGUAGAGGCCUCCCACCUGGCCCUGGCCGCCUCCAUCCACCAGAGCCAGCUGGACCGUGAGCGCAUCCUGAGCUUGGAACAGAAGGUGAUGGAGUUGCAGCAGACACUGGCCGAGAAAGACCAGGCCCUAGGCAAGCUGGAGCAGAGCCUGAGCCUCAUGGAGGAGGCAUCCUUUGAUGGCACCUUCCUGUGGAAGAUCACCAAUGUCACCAGGCGGUGCCAUGAGUCAGCCUGCGGCAGGACCAUCAGCCUCUUCUCCCCAGCUUUCUAUACUGCCAAGUAUGGCUACAAGCUGUGCCUGCGAUUGUACCUGAAUGGCGAUGGCACAGGGAAGAGGACGCACCUGUCACUCUUCAUCGUGAUCAUGAGAGGGGAGUACGACGCUCUGCUGCCGUGGCCUUUCCGGAACAAGGUCACUUUCAUGCUGCUUGACCAGAAUAACCGUGAGCACGCCAUUGACGCCUUUCGGCCCGACCUGAGCUCAGCAUCCUUCCAGAGGCCCCAGAGUGAAACCAAUGUGGCCAGCGGCUGCCCACUCUUCUUCCCCCUCAGCAGGCUGCAGUCUCCCAAACAUGCCUAUGUGAAGGAUGACACCAUGUUCCUCAAGUGCAUCGUGGAGACCACUGCUUAGGGUGGGAGGGUCAGCUCCGGAGGGAGCAGCGGCUCAGAUGGGGGGGGGGGGCUUAGUAAGAUGGCUGACUGGGUGUCCUGCCCCUGGCACCCAAGACCCCAGGGCACAAGGAUGGGCCAGGGCUGGCAAGAUGUGGGCAGAACUGAUGGCUUGACUGUGGCUGGCCCUCAGCUAAGGAUGGUGGGACCUUAGGCUAGGCCCACAGAGGCAAAGGGUUGAGAGGGUGAUGGGCAGAACUGCCCUACACCAGCUACACAACACUGAGAGGCCAUAGCCUCUCCAGCCAACUUCAACCAAGGUGGGGAGAAAAUGGGACCAGGCCUGGAGCUGCAGGGCCUGAGCAGAGAACCAGAAAUAGGCUUUCUCUCUUCCUGCCCAGGGUCACAGGGCUGAGGGGUGGAAGGGAUGGGUGCCCAUGUGAAUUCAGUCUAUCCAGGCCUAGACUAAGUUCCCCAUCACCGGAGGUGAAUAAGAAAAUCCAGAGGGCUGCACUGGAGCAUCAAAUUGGGCAGGGCUGUGUAGGGAGGAGGAAAGGCUGGAGUGCAAAUGGCUGCUCUCCCCAAAGCACCUCCUGGGUAACCCUUGGCCUGAUAACAGCAGGAGGAGACCAUGAUUUAAAAUGUCAAAUGAUUUCUCUUCCAACAAAUCUCUAUGUUAAAUGCACCAAAGACCUGACAUUUCAUCUCUUAGAGGUGACUCAUGGGGAGGCAAGAUGCAGGCAGGGCACCUGUUUCUCUGGGCCCUCACAACCCCCCAGUGUGGAAGGAAGCCUUUAAUCCCCCUUUACAGAUUAGGAAAGUGAGGUCAGAGAGACCAGGUGCUUUGCUCAGGGUUGGGUGAGGGUAGUUGGGAUUAGAAACCAGGUCUUUUGUUUCUAGUUACUUUCCUUCCUCUUCAAGCUUCCUUUGGGUAGUCUUCAACCACAAUGAGGUUACAUCCUCAUGGGAAAUCCUGGGAGGCAGAAGAUCCUUUUGCCCCAGCCAGAGGGCCAGCCCUAAAGGCCCACUAAUGCCAGCAAGGGCCCCGCCCCAGAGGGCAGGACUAGCACAGUCAGCUCCACACAGCUUGCUCACAGAGGCCACCUCGCCAGCCAGUGCUGGGCAGGGAGGACAACAGUUACUUAUGCCUUUGGUUGUUUGUUGUAAGAGACACAUACUUAUAAUAGAAAAGCUAGAAAACUACACAAAUAAUAUAUAGAAGAAAGUAAAAAUCACCCAUGAGCCCAGCGUCCAGAGAGCACUGCUGAGCACAUUUUAGUCAAUUUUCUUUCUCUUUUGAAAACGUAGAUACAAACACACACAAGCAUACAGACUUUCACAGAUGUAAUUAGA